AUGGAGACGUGUGAUGUUAGGAUAAGCACUCCGCCUACUUCUCAAACUUCAAAAACCAAUCAAACUAAUGCAUUAGAGGUGCACUUGGAUUCAGUUGAAGUAAGUACAUCGGCAAAUGUAUUUUCUUCUG